AUGAUGAGCUUCUGGGUUAAAGCUACUUUUUUGCUCUGCUUCUAUGGCUUCUUCAAGGAAAUGAAACCCUCAGAACCUUUCCUCACUCCAUAUUUGAAAGCACCUCCCAUGAACUUGACGGAAGAACAACUGGACAAUCAAAUCUACCCCGUGUGGACGUACUCGUAUCUUGUAGUCCUGUUCAUGGUGUUUUUAGUCACUGAUCUGUUGAGAUACAAGCCAGUAAUAAUAAGCGAGGGCUUGGCUUAUUUGGUAACAAGAAUACUUUUGAUCUGGGCUAGGGGUGUACUGGCAAUGCAGUUUAUGCAGUUCGCAUAUGGCGUUGCGACUGGCACUGAAGUGGCAUAUUAUUCCUACAUUUAUGCAGUUGUUGACAGAAGUCAUUACCAAGUAGUGACCAGCUACACGCGGGCUGCAGUACUUUUUGGAAGAAUGUUAUCUGGUGUGGUCGGUCAGCUUCUUAUAUCAUUGAAAGUAGCAGACUAUCUGGCUCUCAACUACAUUUCUUUGGUGAGUGUCUCAAUUGCCUGUUUGAUCAGUCUAUUUCUACCAAAGGGAACUGGCAACGUGCUUCUGAUGAACACAGAAAGCGACUCCUCCUCCGAAGAAACAAAGACAACAUGCUUAUCUUCAUGGGGAAAAACUAUGCGCACUAUGUUUCGUGACUUUGUGUUGUGCUAUUCCAACAAAGAGCUACUCAGAUGGUCGCUGUGGUGGGCCUUUGCAACCUGUGGAGAAUUCCAAGUUGAAAAUUAUGUCCAGAACUUAUGGGAUGUUAUCUACCCUUCCCAUAACCACAAGAUUUACAAUGGUGGUGUCACUGCAGUCUCUCACCUAACGGGUUCUUUGGUGGCAGUUGGCCUGGCUUAUGUGAAGAUAAACUGGUCUUUGUUUGGUGAAUUAUGCCUUGGCAUUGUUUCAGUGGCAGAUGCAUUCUUUCUUUUCCUGAGUGCACAGACAACCAGUAUCUGGAUGGCAUAUCUUAUGUAUGUGCUCUUCCGGACAGCAUAUACCUUCCUCAUAACAGUAGCAAGGUAGGAUAAAGUGUGUGCAUAGUUACCAGAAGAAAAUUGACCACCUUAAACCAUUCACACCUCAACUGGCUGUAACUACCAGUGUGGAACCAUGACCCUUGCACCUAUGUGACAUAUUUAUCAGUUUAAUGGGCAUAUAUUUGAUAACUUGUGCACUUAUUGAGUACAAGGUACAGAGAUCAUUCAAACUAUACAAUUCUUUACAAAUGUGUGUGGUCAGAGGAAAAAAGCAAUAAAGAAAUGGAAAUCAUACCAAACACUUUGACCAGGACAUUACAAUAAAAAAAUUUUGUCUCACUAAUCAUCCACCUUUGCUUCAAUCAAAAUAGUUUCAGGAUCAUAUAUAGGUGUUUUACGUGCAUACAUAACAGAAACAUUGGUUUUAGUUUGCAGAUUGCCAGACAUGUUGAGAUGACAAGAUUUGCUCUGGUGUUUGGAAUAAAUAUGUUUGCUUCUUUGCUUCUUCAAACAAUUCUAACAAGCAUUGUUGUAGACAAACGUGGACUAAAUCUUCCAGUUUUAACACAGGUAAUGUUAAUUAUUUAUAAUUGUGUGUAGCUUAAUCAUUUCUGUUAUAAACUUGUUAUACAUUUCCUCUUGCAAGUUAAUUAGCCUAUAUAAUUAUGUUUCUCCUAUUUCCCUCUUUCAUAACACUUUAAGUCAUGUGUAGACGUUGCUUAUCAUGACAAGAUAUGCCCAGUGAACUACUUACUGUGUACCCUAGAUAACAAUCAUUUAAUUUUAACAACUCAUUUGGUGAGGCCCUUUCCAUGUUCUUGUGAUAAUAACAAUAAUAAUAAUAGUAGUUAUUAUAAUAAUGGUUUAUUAACAGUAUAUCCACCAAGUGGCUCUUUUUUUAGACUUUUUUUACCCUCAGCAGUAUUUAUAGCUCUAAUGCUAGUGGGGCCGAGCAAAUUCCUGAAACAAAUAAAUUAAAUCAAACAUAAACAGGUUAAAAAUCCCAACUGGCUGGAGGCGAACCAGAUUGCUAUUUACAAGCGUGGUUGAGGAUUUGAACUCGGAACUAAUGAAAACAAAUCCAGCUAGCGGUCAAGGCAGGACUUGAACUUGGGGCCUCCGAAUCACAUCCACUCAGCCACGCUGCCUCCUUCACCUGCCUUCACCUGUUAAAAACUUGUGAUGAGUUGGAGGAAAGUUUGUCAUAAGCUGAAGUCUCCAGGUGGAAAACAUAGUAUAAGAUUCUUUUUCCCACAGUAUUUACUGUCACCCAUUCCUCAACCAUCUGGCUGCUGAUUUCAGUGGCUCAUAGAUUUUGAACUUACUCCUAUUGCCCCCAAAAAACAUUUUCUUUUGCUGGAAUAUGCACCUUGCCCUUACAAGCAAGAAAUAAUGUCAAGGGCAUGAUCAUCGUUACCUGCUUCUUACAGAGUGUACAGAAAACAUAAAACUUAAGCAACAGAACAACUAUCAAUGAGGUAAUUUUUCAGAUUUUUUUCAAAAGCAAAUAAGGAAGAAGAGCUGUGAGUGAAAUUGGCAACAAAUUUCAGCUUUUUGGUCCAUGAUAAAGGACACUGAACUGCUUAACCCGUUGACUACUGUGCUGGCCAAAAGUGGCCAUAGAAGACAACACUGCUUUCAAACAUUGUAUCUUUCUUAAUCGCACAAACAUUGCCUUAACUGUCAGCAGUGAGCAUCAAGUAGAAAGUCCUUCAAAUUGGCAUAUCCAAUAAAUACAAAAAAGUCAGGGCUUUUUGCAAAAUAUUUCCUUUUGAAUUUAGACAAUAACAAGAAUGACUGUUUUUAACGUUAUAGAAAAACGGAAAAAAUCACAUUUUUUCUUUCAGGUUUUUUACAGAAAUCAUCAUUGCAAAACCAAAAGUCAACAUUCACAGUAACAUUCAGUCCUUGUUUUAGCUUAGAAGUGACUUUUUUUGUUCUUAUUCAUUUCUCGGGCCGAUCUACAGCUUUUUGUUCUAGUGCAUCCUGGCCUUGCCUCGAUUUUCAACAUCAUGACUGCAUUGCAUGCCAGGAAAUAGCCAGAAUUUUUGACUGCAUUCAUUCCUUCCCCCACUUUCUUCAUAUUUAUACUAAGUCCACAGCCACUCCAACCUACCACGGAAAUUUUGUGCUUGUUGUGAUUUUCAGUGGUUUUAAAUUCCAAAAUAUGCCAUGGUAGGUCAAGAAAUUCAUCAGUAGUUGUGUCCCAAAGUUACUUCUUUUCAGAGCAGCAAUUUUUCUAAACUUUGCAAAAAUCGCAUUAUUAUAGCUGAACAAAGCAUAAUGUCUACAUCAGAAUGACGUUUCCAGAAAACUCAAGCCUCCAGUGUUUCAGAACAGCAGUACUUUCCAUGGUAAGCCCAAAUACAGAGUCACAAAAUCCUAUGGACUGUUUGAAUGAAGAAAAUCACUCAAAAAAGUAAAAAGCCCUGGACGUCAAUGGAUUAAUGUUUAUUUUACAAAAAUGAGGUCUGUACUAAGAGGCCAGUCAAGUUUCAUAAUGGUGGAUGUGAUUACUGUUUAAAAAGAGGUUACAAAAGCUAUUAGACAGAAGAUUAUGGUGAUACAAAUACAUGAAACGUGAAAGCAGCAACAGAAAAAUAAUUACUGUUUUAUAUGUCAAGGACUUUAAGUUGGCACUAUGUGCUUUUACAAAAGAUAAAUAGAGCAGUAGCCGGAGGACCAGGUAACAUUACAGUAUAUUAGGUAGGGAUAUAACAGGAAGUAAUAAUAAGGUCAGCAACAUUUUGGAUGAAAGAUAAAAGCAGGCUUUUGCAAUAAUCCCCACUGCUUUUGAUGUUUUUUUUUAGGAACAAAGCUAAUAUUAGGUUUCCAGGAAAGGUACUGAUCAACAAUAACAGCUAAGAAUUUAGUUUCUAUAACUUUCUUGAUCACAGUAUUUUCCAUAACAAGAGGAACAUUAACAUUAAUUUUCUUUUGCAUUGGAUAAAAACUCAUUAGGUUCAUUUUAGUCAAAUUUAGAGAUAACUUAUUUGCUUUAAGCCAAGUAAUUAUUUUUGCACUUUGAGUUCAUUGUUAGCAAUAGAAAUAAGGUGGUCAGUAUCCCUAUGAGAACAAAUGAUAUUUGUAUCAUCAGCAAACAGUAAAGAUUGAGUCAGGUUAGAGACAUUAGGAAGAUUAUUAAUGUAAAUAAUGAAUGGUCUAAGGAUUGAGCCCUGUGGGAUGCCACAGGAAAUUUUUCUGUAGUAAGACCAACUGAACCUAAACAGGUCAAAUUGAGUCCGAUCCUCAAAAUAACUUUUAAUUCACGACAAAGCAGUGUCCCAAAUAGUUUUAGUGUUUCAGUUUUUGGCACAAUAUUUUAUGAUUAAUGAUAUCACGCGCCUUAGAUAGAUGUAAGAAGACGCCUAACAUUGAUUAAUUUCUGGAGAUGGUUUCUUUUAAAGUUAACAAUAAGAAUAUUUUUCGAAUGAGGCCUUAAACUGCCGAUUAAAAAAUAAAAUUGGAAUCCAAGCUUUCACCAAUCAACCGCAAUAUCUGGCAUCAUCAUCAUCCCUGAUGAAGCCGUUGAUCAGCAAAAGCCUGGAUUCCAAUUUUAUUUUUUAAUCAGUAGUUUAAGGCCUCAUUCGAACAAUAUUCUUAUUUUUAAUCAUGCUGCUUAAACUUAACUUUUUAACUAUUGUUCUAUAACUCAAGUGGAUCUAAUUGAGGGAUGAACAAUACAGGAAGCUAGUCAGAGUUAGUUAUGAAUAGCUACAAUGUAAAUUAUUCCGGUGGAAAGUUCUUUUAAUGUCCUUUUUCACAAAGUGGCACUGACAAAAGAAGUAAAGGAAAAUAAAGUAAUCCUGCUUCACCAAUUGGCCUCUUUUUCACUUCCUUUUCAAAACAAAAUUUGCAAAUGUAGAGGCGCUUACAAAAACACAGAAUGAACUAGCCAUCAAGAUUUUUUUUUUGUUAAAAACCCUUCAAGGCUAUACAUAUGAUGAAUAAAAAACUGAUAUGGCUGGGAGGUUCUUACUAGUGGGGAGGUUCUCUCUAUGAACGGACUGAGAAGCGACGUGAAGCGCCUGAGAACUGUAAAGAACUGUAAAGAACUGUACACCUGCGAAUAUAGAGACUAGAGAGGAGAAGUGUAACGUCACGUUACCAUGGUAGCACUAUUUCUGGAUGACAAUAAAACCAACGAUGAUGGCGAAGGCAAGGAGAACAGCAAAAAAUAAUAUGUUUAUAAUAACUAACAACAACUUUGCACGUACUCACUUUAUUUUGUACAUUUCUUUGCCAUUGUUGCACCACUACAACAUGGAACUUCCUAAUUUCACGAGCCCGCUUUAUGGAGUAGGUGAACACAAUAUUAAAAUUGUCGCUUUCUUUUUCUAAACUUAGAUAAGGAUAGAUACGGUCCCCAAGAAAAUUUCGCCAACAUUUGCCAAAUUAAAUGAAUUUGAAUAAGAUCGGUGAAGUUUGAAAUAGUGUGAAUGGACUUUAAGUGACUUUUUCGGCUUGUUGUCAUCCAGAAAUUUUGCUACCAUGGCAACGUGACGUAACAACUUCUCUUUUUUGCUCCCUACCACUACUGGCGAGGCCAGACUGCCAUAUUCCCAGGUUACUAUGAGAAGGAAUGUAGGUUUCCAAUUGUCAUUUUCUUUGUUUCCCAGUUUGUCAUUUAUGGAAGUUACUUUUUCAUCAUCGGAGCUGUUUUUUUGGCUAGAGCUGUGUUCCAUAUGACAAGAGUUGGAUGGCGUCAGUGCUGGGAACAGCGUCAUAAUCAAGAAGAUCAGCAGCCUCUGACAGUCAUUACAAACACGGAAUAUAAAGAUGGAGAAGAAAACCAACUGAUUUAA